AUGUCGUAUACACCUUUUGAUCUGAAUGCCAAAUCGGAUCCAUUCUCCGACUCUGCAGGGAACCAAAACUUAAUAGAUUUGGAUGCUGGGUCACACGACGACCCGUACAAUGUAAGGGAGUCGGCGCCAUACAUGCCGUACAGACCGGAUGGAUCUACAUCUCAGGCAAGCCACGGUUACUCCGGCUCUAACAACAAUCAUACCAAUAGUUAUGACAACAUGCAUUCCAAUCCAUUCGACGAUGAUCUUGCCCUUUCAGAUGAUGAUUUCACUUAUAAUCAUGAUAUCUCCCAUGCAUCAGAUCCCUCGCAAAAUCGCAGACAAGUGCCAUUAUUGAGUACAUCCAAUCAACCAGCAUCUGGAAAGAAGGCCAAAAGAGGGAUCUUCGGCGGUCUUCGUACCUCCAAUGCCGACUAUACAGAUAUGAGCGGUGGAGCAUAUGAAUCAUUUGACGACAAUGGACGUCAAGAUGGACUGUCGGACUUUGAUAUCCGUAAGAUUUUCCGUAAAACAAAAUCCUUGUUCUCUCGGUCCCCACAAGCGAUAGAAGAGGCAAAUGCAAAUAAGGGACCGAGACAUAUUUAUAUCAUGGAUCAUAGCAAGAACUCGGCAUUUGGUUACUUUGGGAAUUAUAUCUCAACCACCAAGUACAACUUUGCUACUUUCCUACCAAAGUUUCUUUUUGAACAAUUUAGCAAAUAUGCCAAUCUUUUCUUUCUCUUCACAUCGAUCAUUCAACAGGUUCCAAAUGUGUCUCCAACAAAUAGAUAUACCACUAUUGGUACCUUGACCAUUGUGUUGCUUGUUUCGGCCAUCAAGGAGGUGAUGGAAGAUUUGAAGAGAGCUGGUGCUGAUAAGGAACUUAAUAAUACCAAAGUAUUGGUGUUAGAUCCUUCCUCGGGAGACUUCCAUUUGAGAAAAUGGAUUCAAGUUCAAGUUGGUGAUAUUGUCAAAGUAUCAAAUGAAGAACCAUUGCCAGCUGAUUUACUUUUACUCAGUUCAUCCGAACCAGAAGGGUUAUGUUACAUUGAAACUGCCAAUUUGGACGGAGAAACUAAUUUAAAAAUCAAACAAGCUAAGCCGGAAACUGCAUACUUGGUGAAUCCAAGAGAUCUUUUAUCAGACUUGGGUAAGAGUGAAGUGUUAUCUGAACAACCAAACUCCUCUUUAUAUAAUUAUGAGGGUAAUUUAAAAGGAUUGGGUUCUGCUGGUGAUAUUCCAUUCACUCCAGAACAAUUAUUAUUAAGAGGUGCUACCUUGAGAAACACACAAUGGAUUCAUGGGGUAGUUGUAUUUACCGGGCAUGAAACAAAGUUGAUGCGUAACGCUACAGCUACUCCAAUUAAGAGAACUGAUGUGGAAAGAAUCAUUAACUUGCAAAUCAUUGCGUUAUUUUCUAUUUUAAUUGCCUUAUCGUUGAUUUCAUCGAUUGGUAAUGUCAUCAAAAUUACUGUCGAUAGCAAGAAUUUGGGCUAUUUAUACCUCGAAGGAACCAAUAAGGCUUCUUUAUUCUUUCAAGAUAUCUUAACUUAUUGGAUUUUAUUCUCCAAUUUAGUUCCAAUCUCAUUAUUUGUAACGGUGGAAAUUAUUAAGUAUUACCAAGCUUAUAUGAUUGGUAGUGAUUUGGAUAUGUAUUACGAGGAAACGGAUACCCCCACUGGUGUUAGAACUUCGUCAUUGGUGGAAGAAUUGGGACAAAUUGACUAUAUCUUUAGUGACAAAACUGGUACAUUGACUAGAAAUAUCAUGGAAUUCAAAAGUUGUACUAUUGGUGGUAAAUGUUAUAUUGAGGAAAUUCCAGAAGAAGGACAGGUACAAACUAUUGAUGGUAUGGAAAUUGGAUUCUAUAGCUUUGAAGAUAUGUUUGCUCAUUUGAAAGACACUCAGCUGCAACAAUCCGCCAUUAUCAAUGAAUUCUUUACCUUAUUAAGUACCUGUCACACAGUUAUUCCUGAAGUUAAUGAAAAUGAUGGACUGCUUAAAUAUCAAGCUGCUUCCCCUGAUGAAGGUGCUUUAGUGCAAGGUGCCGCCGAUUUGGGCUACAAGUUUAUCAUCCGUAGACCUAAGAGUGUCACUAUUGAAAACACAUUCACUGGUUUGAAGUCUGAGUAUGAAUUAUUGAACAUUUGUGAGUUUAAUUCGACAAGAAAGAGAAUGUCUGCUAUCUUUAGAUGUCCAGACGGUGUCAUUAGAUUAUUUUGUAAAGGUGCCGAUACUGUCAUUUUGGAGAGACUUUCCCAACGUGAAGAACAACCAUUUGUUGAUUCUACUUUACGUCAUUUGGAAGAUUUUGCAUCUGAAGGUUUGCGUACUUUGUGUAUUGCCUCUAAGAUUAUUCUGGAAGAAGAAUAUAAGGAUUGGUCAGCCAAAUACUAUGAAGCUUCGACAUCUUUGGAUGAUAGAAGUGAUAAGUUGGAUGAAGUUGCAAACCUUAUUGAAGGCGAUUUGUUCUUACUUGGAGCCACUGCAAUUGAAGAUAAGCUUCAAGAUGGAGUUCCAGAAACUAUUCAUACUUUACAGGAUGCUGGUAUCAAGAUUUGGGUUCUUACUGGUGAUAGACAAGAAACAGCCAUCAACAUUGGUAUGUCUUGUAAAUUAUUAAGUGAAGAUAUGAAUCUUUUGAUUAUAAAUGAAACGACAAAACAUGAUACUAAACUUAAUUUGCAGGAAAAACUUGAUGCUAUUCAUGAGCAUCAGUUUGAUGCAAACGAUGUCACUUUAGACUCUUCAUUGGCUCUUAUCAUUGACGGUACUUCCUUAGGUUUCGCACUUGAAUCUGAUUUGGAAGAAUUAUUCAUUCAAUUGGGUACUCGUUGUAAAGCUGUCAUUUGUUGUCGUGUCCUGCCUUUACAAAAGGCAUUGGUUGUUAAGAUGGUGAAGAGAAAGAAGAAAAACUCUUUGCUUUUGGCCAUUGGUGAUGGUGCCAACGAUGUUUCCAUGAUUCAAGCCGCGCAUGUUGGUGUGGGUAUCAGUGGUAUGGAAGGUAUGCAAGCUGCUAGAAGUGCGGAUGUUUCUAUUGGACAAUUCAAAUUCCUCAAGAAACUCUUAUUGGUACACGGUGCUUGGUCUUAUCAACGUAUUUCCAAUGCCAUCUUGUAUUCUUUCUAUAAGAAUAUUGCCUUGUACAUGACUCAAUUUUGGUUUGUAUUUUCCAAUUGUUUCUCUGGACAAUCUAUUAUGGAAUCUUGGACUUUAACACUCUAUAACGUUCUUUUCACUGUUUUCCCCCCAUUUGUAAUGGGGGUCUUUGAUCAGUUUGUUAGUGCUAGACUUUUGGAUAGAUACCCUCAAUUGUACCAAUUGGGACAACAAAAGAAAUUUUUCAACGUUUCAAUCUUUUGGGGCUGGAUUAUCAAUGGAUUUUAUCAUUCAGCAGUCAUUUUUGUUUGUUCAUACUUUAUUUAUCAACAUGGAGAUGAAUUGGAUUCUGGUUUAUCGGUAAAUAAUUGGGCUUGGGGUACAGCUGUGUUUACCACAUGUACGUUAACCACUUUAGGUAAGGCUGGUUUAGUGGUUACCUUAUGGACAAAAUUCACAUUGAUUGCCAUUCCAGGUUCUUUUAUCUUUUGGCUUCUUUGGUUCCCAGCAUAUGCCACCAUUGCUCCAAUGAUUAAUGUCUCACAAGAGUAUCGUGGAGUUUUGAAAGUCACAUAUCCUUCAAUCACUUUCUGGGCUAUGGUAUUUGGGGUUGCCUUCCUUUGUCUUCUUAGAGACAUUGCUUGGAAGUUCUUCAAGAGAAGUUAUAGUCCAGAAAGUUACCAUAUGGUACAAGAAAUUCAAAAAUAUAACAUUCAAGAUUAUAGACCAAGAAUGGAACAAUUUCAAAAGGCUAUCAGAAAGGUUAGACAAGUUCAACGUAUCAAGAAACAAAGAGGUUUUGCAUUUUCUCAAGUUGAAAAUCAGGACCAAGAGAAGAUUGUCAGAUUAUAUGACACUACAAAGAAGAGAGGUGUAUUUGGAGAACUUUCUGAGGGUAGUUGA